UUCACCCAACGUGGGUCACUUUACCUCGCGCGCUCCAACCCGCAGCAUGUCUCUUCCUCCUCGCGCGCGCUGAACCUGAACCUCACCUGUUGUCAAAGCUGCAGAACUUUGCUCUGAACUCCAGGAGUUUCUCGGACAUUUUCUUUUCCACAGCGACAUGAACCAUCACGAGUUGGGGGUGAACGCGAACCCCGGUCUGGUUCCGGUGAUGAUGCAGACGGAGUCGCGGGACAAAUGGGGCAAAAAAAUGGACUUUCUUCUGUCAGUGAUCGGUUUUGCUGUGGAUCUGGGGAACGUGUGGCGAUUUCCUUACAUCUGCUACCAAAACGGCGGAGGAGCCUUUCUCAUCCCAUACACACUCAUGGCUAUAUUUGGAGGAGUACCACUCUUCUACAUGGAGCUGGCUCUUGGUCAGUUUCACCGCACAGGUGCCAUCUCCAUAUGGAAACACAUUUGCCCAAUAUUUAAAGGCAUCGGUUUCUCCAUCUGCAUCAUCGCAUUGUAUGUCUCCUUCUACUACAAUACCAUCAUCGCAUGGGCAUUGUUCUACUUCUACUCAUCAUUUAGCAGCACUCUGCCAUGGACAAGCUGCGACAACGCAUGGAACACGGAAAACUGCACCAACUACUUUGGCAAGGACAACGUGACAUGGACAAAUUACUCCCGCUCACCAGCCGAGGAGUUUUACACGAGGAACGUGUUGGAGCUGCAUGAGUCGGACGGUUUGGAGAACGUGGGUGUGAUCCGCUGGCAGCUGAUGCUCUGUCUGUUCCUCAUCUUCACCAUCGUCUACUUCAGCUUGUGGAAAGGAGUCAAAACAUCAGGCAAGGUGGUUUGGGUCACAGCCACUCUUCCCUACGUGGUCUUGUUGAUUCUGUUAAUUCGAGGUGCAACGUUACCUGGAGCCUGGAGGGGUGUCGUCUUCUACCUGCAGCCCAAAUGGGAGAAACUUAAGGACACAAGUGUUUGGGUGGACGCAGCAGCUCAGAUCUUCUUCUCACUCGGCCCAGGGUUUGGUGUUCUGCUUGCUCUCUCCAGCUAUAACUCCUUCAACAACAACUGCUAUAGAGAUGCCAUUGUGACGAGUUUGGUCAACUGUUUUACCAGUUUCAUGUCUGGUUUUGUGAUUUUUACCGUUCUGGGCUACAUGGCUGAGCAGAGACAUGUUAACGUGGAGGAUGUAGCCAGAAACAAGGGUCCAAGUCUUCUGUUCAUCACUUACCCAGAAGCCAUUGCUAACAUGAUGGGCUCCACGUUUUUUGCCAUCAUCUUCUUUGCGAUGAUGAUCACACUGGGAUUGGACAGCACGUUUGGAGGUCUGGAAGCCAUCAUUACCGCAGUGAUGGAUGAGUACCCAGACUUUCUGUCCCACAGGAGGGAGGUGUUUGUGCUGGGUCUGGUGACUGUGUGCUUUUUGGGCUCUCUGAGCACUCUGACUAAAGGUGGUGCAUAUGUAGUAAAACUUCUUGAAGAGUUUGGAGUGGGAUUCUCUAUAAUAUCCAUCGUGUUUCUGGAAGCCACCGCCGUCUCCUGGUUUUAUGGCAUCAACAGAUUCAGCAACGAUGUCAAAUCCAUGCUGGGAUACACACCCGGAUUCUUCUGGAGGUUUUGUUGGGUGGCCAUCAGCCCGACUUUUCUAGCGUACAUCAUUGUUAGCUCUCUGCUGAAUCCAACCCCGAUGGUCAUGUUCGAUUACAAGUUCCCCGACUGGAGCAUCACGGUGGGAUACAUCAUCGGAUUCUCCUCUUUCAUCUGGAUCCCGGCCUACAUGGUGUAUAAGCUGGUGUGGACGCCCGGUUCACUCAAACAGCGUCUGGCUGUUUGCCUGCGGCCCGAGCGAAGACUGCCUGACAUCCACACAGACACUCUGGGUCUGACACCGGUACCUUAAAAACAGCCCCAAACACUCAGUCAAAACCCAAACACACUCACGGACACAAUUAAAGAAGCAAUAAGUAGCAUCUUUUGGUCCACUUUCCAGGUGCAAGCCUCACUACUGUAUGCUGCUCACAUUCAGACAGGACGCUAACACCAUUCCAGUAUUAUUCCAUUUAACUCAUUUUUCCCUUUGAAUUCUAAUAAAUAACAUCAGAUUUCUUGAUUAUUCCUAUUUGCUAUGUGAUAAUAGCUGCCUAACACAUGGCAGGGUAUGUAGUUAUCACAAUAUUGUAAUUUUUAAAUAUUAACUCCAUUUUCAGAUUGGCUUCUUUAAACAAGAAGAAAAAAAAAGUCUGAUGAUAACAAACUGAAAUACUGAUGCUUAAAAUACUGUCUGGGAAAAAUAUAACUGCUUAUAACACGGCUGUGGAACUCUGGAUUCUGACUGGUCAGGACGAGAAGGAGGAUGAGGAGGAGAUGGACAUGUUAGCGUUUCUAUAGUAACAGUGCGACAGGCACUUCACGUAAUCUGAGAGUGAUAAACAUAUUUAUGAAGAAACAACAAAACAGUCAUUGUUGAAGGUGAGGUUUUCAGUAAGGAAGUGAUUAUUUUACAUUUAAAGACUGAGUCUCCAGUGUCAGAGCUCAAACUUUACAUUUUCAGGACUGAGGAGUUUACACUUUGUGGCUUAUUGGUAACAUGUUGGAACAAGCUACACUUCUUUUUUGUCUUAUUAACUUCAAGAAAGAGAAAGAACGAGAGACUGGUGAGGGAGCGACUCUUUAUAGCUGCCAUAACAUGUGUAUUUGUAUUGUAGUUUCAGUUUUAUUAGUCCCAGUAAAAUUCCUCUUCUCUUUCUUAUCGCAGCCUGAAACAUACACUUUUUAAACCGAAGGCUAAUCAGAGCAAAUUAUUUUAAUGUAAAAUAAAAAAAAUGCUACUUAUUGCUCCUUCGGCUUUAUCGUUUUUAUCGCCAAAUCGGCUCGCAACAAAAAUUGGUGCAAUAUUUGAAAAUGCAGAAUGUGAACUGCUAAAAAAAAAAGAUGUAAAAUACGAUCCAUGAGAAAAAGUACGCUGGUGCACUGACUGCCAGCUCGACGUUUUCAUAUUCUUUGUUAAAUAUUUAGUCCUUUUUAGCCAUUAUUGAAGUAGGGAGUGACUUAGCGAAUGGGAAAAAAACGUUCAUGCAAAUGAAAUGAUGUUUACCUCA